UCAACGACUGCAGCAGUUCCGCUCGUUCACUUGAACUCGUCUUCGCCUUCUGACCAGUUUCACGAGCUGGUCUAUCCCGCCCGACGGCCUGCAGUUCUCCGAGGAGCUCCGCUGGGCCGAGCGCCCUCCCUCUGGACGCCUGGUUACCUCGCUGAGAAAUGCGGGGAGCGGCCGGUGAGAGUUCACGUGUCUCCUGUCCCGCAGAUGGACUUCAUCAGAAAGAACUUCGUGUACAGGACACUACCAUUCAGUGAGUUGGUGAAGCGUGCAAAUGAGAAGAAACACGAGCAAUACUUCCUGAAUGCAGAAGAGAAGUAUUACCUCCGUUCACUCGGUGACGACCCUAGAAAGGACGUGGCAGACAUCAGGUCUCAGUUCCCAGAGCUGUCGGGAGAUAUUCACCUACCCAUCUACUGCUCCUCUGAUCGGGUCUUCUCCUGUGUACUGAGAAUCGGCUCUCCCCACGUCCAAUUAUGGACCCACUAUGAUGUGAUGGACAACCUGCUGGUGCAGGUGACUGGCCGCAAAAGAGUGGUCCUCUUCAACCCUCGGGAUGCCAACAAUCUCUACCUCACUGGCGACAAGUCCCGAGUCCUGGACAUCGACAGCCCUGAUCUCUCCCUCUUCCCUCGCUUCUCUCGUGCCACUCGCCACGAGUGUGUCCUGGAGCCUGGCGACGUCCUCUUCAUCCCUGCCCUCUGGUUCCACAAUGUCGUGUCGGUUGACUUUGGCGUGGCCGUGAACGUAUUCUGGCAGAAUCUAGACGAGAAAUUGUACGAUUCUCGGGACACGUAUGGGAACAAGGACCCUCUGCCGGCUCAGAGGGCCCAGCAGAUCCUGGACAGAGCUCUCAAGACACUGGAGGAACUACCAGACGAAUACAGAGACUUUUAUGCUCGCCGACUUGUGUCUAGGAUAGAGGAGAAAUCAUACAUGGCUGAACCAUCAUGAUUUUCGUUUUCUUAUUUUUCGGUUAAUACUUUUUGAAUGCAGAAUGCAGUGGAACUCCUUUAAUCUCAUAAUAAUGCCGAUAAAAAUGACUUUUGUACAUAAUAUACAUGAGAAUAUGCACACAGAGGCUGGCUAGAUAUAUUCUAUACACUGUGCUCAAAAGGCUCUGUUGCAGUAUGGCUGGGGUGACUGACUGUAUAUAUAAUAACAAUACUCAGAGGUCGUCCAGUAAGUGAUCGACAAAGAAGGAGGGUAUUCUGGGCUGCUGGUGAUGUAUAGCGGGAGGCGACACUGCGGCAGGGAGACCGAGGGAGGGCAGGGGGGCGGGGGAGGGAGAGAGAAUAUCGGAGAGACUGAAUCUCGUGAGCGAAGUCUGCCGACGAUCGCUGUACGGUCUCCACACAGUGUUCUGGUGGGAGGGAGGGUGCUGGUGGUGGAACGGAGGAGGGUGGAGAGGGUGAGGAGGA